CUUUUGUUUAGUUUAAUUCAAUUUAUUUGUAUAGUGCUAUUACUUUCUAUGAUGAUCUAAUGCUUAUGUAUUUAAUCAGCUGCUCUCUCUUGCCAUAUAAACAGUAAUCUCUCUCUUUCCUUUCUCUGCAACUGUAACUCCCGCGCACUUAAUGUCAUUAACAGGUGUUUGUCCAAAAUAGAACUCUUGCCCAUGCACAUACACAAACAUUCAUGGAUCAACUGACAUACACUCAACUUUCUUUCCCACACACAUGCAGAACUCUCAACAACAUACACUUGAGUUCAAAACAGGAAAACCAAAAAUUCUGGACAAUCUGAAAAAUACUCUUGCUGGAACCAUCUUCAACCUCUACCCAUAAGCUAUCAUUCAUUCCAUAAAAUUUUCUACAACUUGAUCGUAUGAGCCCCAGUCCUUGCCACUCGCGUUCACUCACUCACUCACUCUCUUUCUGUACGGACGUCACUCCCUCUCUUACCUUCACAGCUUAUUUUCUAGUAUCUAGUCAUCAGAUCUUCAACCACACAGAACAGGUGCAUCAAAAAGAGGAAUGUAUCUUCUUUUACCACUCUAUAAGGCCUCAGUCCAGUCUCUCAUCUCAUCACCCAUUUAUUCCUGUCUUGUUAUUACCUUCCCACUUUUCUAGACAUCAGUCAAUUCUCACUCUAUGCUCUUUAGAAAGGAGCGUCUGUCACUUGGAUUUCUUGUACACUGAAUUAUUUUUACAUCACAGAACAUUUUAUUUCACUGUCAUCUCCUUUUCCAUUUUUGAGCCUUCUAUUAAUACACUUUUCUGCAUUCUCUUUUCAUUGUUUAUUCACCCACUUUACGCCAGUCUAAUCUCUUUAGUCUUAGUUUUUUUGCAGUAGUCAUUGCAGUUUGUCUUCUUCUGGGAGCUUUGCCCCACAUCUUAAAAGGUUGGGGCUGCCAUGUGGUCAAACUUUUUUAUACAGCAGGAGGAGGAUGGGAGAGGAGGUAUGGCUGCAAUGGGUGGGGCAGGAAGUAAGGGUGGGCGCGGUGCUAAAAGGUUAAGGCCCCCUCGAAUGAGUGACAGCCAGGAGGGCAAGAUCAAGCUGGCAUUUUUCAUCGCCAUCAUUGGUGUAACUCUGACGGUACUGGGCAUGGGCACAGAGUUUUGGGCAGAGCUUUCUCAGCCAAAACACUUCAGGAACAACCAAACUUGUGAGAUGGCACAUUAUGGCCUUUGGAAAUCAUGUGUGCGCACACUAUGGGUGUCAGAUAUUGACCCGGAGAGAGAGAGUUGUGGACCAGCAGAACUGCCUGGAGAAUCUAAUUGCACGUUCUUCAAACUCUACACUUCUGGGGAGAAUACUGUCAUAUUUCGUAAAUCGACAGAAAAGGGUUUGCAUAUAGCUGCUGCAAUGUUGGCUUUGCUCAGUUUGUUUCUAAUGGUCAUGGGCUCUGUGUGCAUCACCAUGUCCCUUAGUAAGAGUGUGCCCUUCUUCCUCAAACCUGCUACCAUCUGCUUCGUCAUCUCAGGUGUCCUGGUGCUGUUGUCCAUCAUUGUCUUCCACCAGUCUGUACUGGCAUUACUGGCAAGUGAUCACAGUAUACCUCUCCAUCAUGAGCUGUCCUGGUCAGUGACAUGCGUUGGCUCGUCUGGGGUCAUUCUAGUCUUUGGAGGGUUAAUGUUCCUGUUGCUUUCCCUCCCCUACAACCCCCUGGAGAAAUGUUUCCGUCAGCAGAGCAGUAGUGAUGCCUAGCUCUCAGGGGGACUACCAGUAAGUGAAGUAGCAAAAGAUCUUUUAUACUCUGAUGCUGUUAAUGAAGAUAUCCAUUGAUGUUAUAAAGGACUUCCAAACCACUGAAUAUAAAGAGUAACCAAUUUCCAUAAUGUUUUGCCAUAGCUAGAAAACUGGCAUUAGAAUUGCUUGUCAAUAAGGUUAUAGGCGUUAAAGGGAUAGUGCCCCCCAAAAUAAUUUACUAACUUUCAUGUUGUUCCAAAACUGUAUGACUUUCUUACGUAGAACACAAAAUGAGAUUUUAGGCAAAAUGUUAACCUCAGAGACCUCAUUGUGUUUUUUUUUCUUCCAUAGAAUGAAACUGAAUGGUGACUGAGGUUAAAGAGUUAGUUCACCCAAAUAUUACAAUUCUCCCAUCAUUUACUCAUCCUUAUGCCAUCCCAGAUGUGUAUGACUUUCUUUAUUCUGCUGAACACAAACAAACAUUUUUAGAAGAAUAUCUCAUCUCUGUAGGUCAAUACAAUGCAAGUGAAUUGUGGCCAGAAAUUUGAAGCUCUAAAAAGUGCACAAAGACAGCAUAAAAGGAAUCCAUACGACUCCAUUGGUUAAAUCAAUGUCUUCAGAAGCUAUAUGAUAAGUGUGGAUGAGAAACAGAAUCAAUAGUUAAGUCCUUUUUUUUUUUUUUUUUACCAUAAAUUGUCCUCCCUGCCCAGUAGAUGUACGAAUAGCCAACAACAAAAUAAUUGAAAGUGGAGAUUAAAUCAUGUACUCUGAUGUUUCUAUGAUGGCUCUGUACAUAAAAUCAGUGACCAACAGAUCUGUUUACUCCCUUUAAGUACUGUGCUAUUGCACUGUGUCCCAUUAUCUGCAUUGCUGCUUUGUAUAAGAUGCCUGACUUGAUUUCAUGUUGUACAAAACUGACUACACAGACUGCAGAUUCUUUUAUUUAUUAUACAUUUUUUUUCUUUUUCAAAAAUAGGCCAUCCUUGCUUUUUUGACUCCAUAGCAUAACAAUGCUAAUAGGGAUUGGUGCAAUUCCCUGCUGAAAAUACAGCUAUUCAGGUUAGUUUAUGCUAGUUAGUGGUGGUUUGGCGGGAGUACCAGCAUAGCCAGCAAAACUUGGCUGGUAAACCUGGUCGACCAGCAUGGUCUUUCUGGUGAAGCUGGUUGACCAAGAAAGUCUUGCUGGUUAAGCAAACAAGCAUUACAUAAUAUAUGCCGUUGACCAGCUAUACUGAUCUUUUCAGCAGGGUUUUCAUUGAACAAAGUAACAAGCAGACUAGAUAUCAUAGAUAUCCAUUUGUAGAUUCAUUAAGAUGGUUUAUUAUUGUACUAAUGUUAAAUUAAGCUGAACACUAUCCAUAUGAAACAUACAUGUGUGAAAACGAUUGAUGUGGAUUAUACACUCCCUGUUGAGCCACAAUUCUGUGUAAAUAAUGUGUUUGUACAGUGUACUCCAGUAGACAGUGUACAGCUAGAGACAGUGUGAACCUAUUGUCCCUCAACCUCUUUCUUUUGUUUGUUAUUCAUUUCUUUGUUUCUGCCACUCUCUGUUUGUCACACUUUUGUGUUUUUCUUUCUCUCGUUUUGCUUGAGGAUUAAAUCUCUUUCACCCAUAAAAGUUU